AUGCACCACGGCCACCACCACCACCAUCACGCCGUCACCAUCUCCACCGAGAGCAAGGUGCACCUCAAGUCGCACCACGGCAAGUUCCUCUGCGCCGAGCCCUCCGGCAAGGUCGUCGCCGACCGGUCGGACUGCAAGGAGUGGGAGACGUGGACCAUGCGCACCACCAACGGCAGGGCCACCUUCCAAUCGGCCCACGGCAAGUACCUCUGCGCCGAGCCGUCGGGCAAGCUGGUAGCCGACCGCUCCAGCCCCUCCGAUUGGGAGCACUUCCACGUCGUCCACCAGGGCGCCCAC